AUGACUCACUCUCAAGCUGAAAAUGUCAUCAAGAACAUCAUCCGUGAAAUAGGACAAGAAUGUGCCAUGAAGGGUCAAACUGUAUCGGAAACUCUGGUGGCUUUCAUGGUGAAAGCUGUUGUGUUGGAUCCAAGGAAUGAAUUUAAUGUAGACAGAACUCUUACAAAAGCUGAUGUACAAAAACUUAUUAAGCUGUGUAUUGAGAGACUGCUUGACACAAGAAAUCCUUCCCUGGACACUAUUAAGAUGCAAGUUUAUUUUGAUAUGAACUAUACAAACCGAGUUGAAUUAAUUAAUGAACAACAUCGCAUUCUGGAAUCCAGGCUUGCUCCUGUGAGCAGAGAAAUUACAGAUAAUCGUGCUCGAACACGAGAAGAAUUGGAAAGUGUUUAUCGAAAGAUUGUCAGCUAUGUGCUGCUGCGCUCAGGCCUUGGAUCCCCAACAGACAUCAAGGUCAUUAGAGAGGCAACUGCUGCCCUGCAAAGUGUAUUUCCUCAGACAGAGCUUGGUGCUUUCCUCUCUUUCAAUAAGAAGGAAAAAGAGCGGCAGUUGAAAGAACUCACCAUGAUUGUGACAGGAAUUCGAUUAUUCAACAAGGACUGUGGGAAGGGAGGAGAAGGCAUCGAUGAUUUACCAGCUAUUCUGAAUGAAGCUAUCCCAGCAGCCAGCCACCAUAUAGAUAUAGAGCUUCAGAGUUCCCAGGACUUGGCAUAUCGAUACACGGCCAUGGUUGAAAUGAUGCACCAGAGCCUUAAUGCUGAAAUGGAACUGAAAUUGACAAUGUUAAAAGAAGUGCUGUACAAUGUGAGACAACAUGAAGCAUAUCUCUGUGUCAUCCUGUCCGAUGUGAUUACUUGCGCACAAGAAGUUGAAAUGAUGCAGAAGCAGUUUGCAGCACAGAUGGAACAGUUAAAAAAUGUUGUUCGGGCAAAAACAGCUGUGCCUACAUCUCAAGUUUAUCCCAUAUUUAUUGCACUUUCUAACCUUUGGACCAGUUUUCAAGAUGAGAUACUGGUUCUCAGUUUCCUCAAUAACUUGACGGUCAAUCUCCAGCAGUUCUUGGAUGCUCAUGCAGUGAUCUUUCCAGAGGAUGUGAUGGAGUCUCUUCUUGAAGGCAUAACUGUGAAGACUGAUGAAGAAAGGUUAAAGAAAUCAGCUGAUGACAAAGUAAAUAUUUCUGACUUCACAUCAGAAGAAUGGCUAUUGCCAGAAACCACAAUUAAUUUUAGCCAACUGACUGUUCAGUACCAUGGGUUUUGUGCUUACAAUUUUGCUGUGAAAGAUGGUCUCCUCCUCCCAGGAAAUCCUUCUUUGGGAAUUUUGAAGCAUAAGGAGAAAUAUUACACCUUUUGUUCCAAAGAAGCUGCAUAUAGUUUUGCCAGAAAUCCAGAUAAAUAUAUUAAGAUGAUUGGAGAAAAAGCAAAGGAAAGUCCAGAGCUUAUUCAGCUGCUUGAACUUCAUCAGCAGUUUGAAUCUUUGGCCCCUUAUUCUCAGAUUAAAAGCAAGGACAAGAGUUUGAAACCCAUCACAAAGUGUGACAGCAGUACUCAGACUGAAACACACAUCUUGCCACCAACUUUUGAAAAGGAUUAUGAAUGGAAUGAAUGGGAACUGAGGAGAAAAGCCAUCAAACUGGCUAACUUGCGCCAAAAGUUAACACAUUCUGUGCAAACUAACCUUAGUCAUAUGCGAAGGGACAAUUCUGCUCAGGUGUACCUGAUGAAGGACUCCAGUACACAGACCAAGCGUGAAAACAGCAGUAACGUACCUAGGCCACAGAUUUUCUUGGCUGGACUUCGAGGAGGAACUCCCCCAAUUACACACAUGACAAAAGUGAACUUAACAAGAGCAGUUGAUGAAACAUAG